CUCAGGUGUGUGUUGAAUCAUAUGUUGUCACCGCAUUUAAGGUGGUCUAGCUAAUUCUGCCCUGUCUCUUGUCUUUGAGCUUCUCAAGGGCGUUGAUAUUAACGAAAUAAGUACACCGUCGCUUAUGGCGUUUGUAUUGUGGCGUUCUGCAUACCUGCAUUAUCUUCUAACUUAAUAUAGCCUGAUUGUGUAGCUACGAAGGAAUAUUCAAUCUUAAGUCAGUGGUUUAGCAGUGUAAAUAAGUGACUAACUGGAAGACUUCUCAUCUUUACCGUCAUCUACUAUAUAAUAUAGAGCCGUGUUUCAAAUCCUUAGUAAUGAACUGACAUUAAGAAGAAAUCAACUGCCUUUCUCGUGACCUUUGGAAAUGGCCUGCUACGAAGGGAUAUCUGUGUUGAUCUUUUUUGUUAUGAAAGUACUAUGUCAAGCUAUUAUUACCAACAACGGUGGGUUCUAUCAGCCGUACCCUAUAAUGCCACCAGUGGACCCAGUGACACCAGUUCCUGGAAUGGGUGGAAAUUAUCCUUAUUCAACAAACCGAGUUCCUUGUGGCUCUUCUGUUGACGUAGGAUAUGGUAUGACCUAUGUCAUCUCCUCCCCAGGGUAUCCGAGCGCAUACCCACCAUUUAGUAACUGUCAGUGGUCUUUCUACACGAGAACAAACCAACCACUGACUAUAGACUGCCCAGCGCUUCAGCUGCCCCAGUCAUCCCCGUGUUCCACAGGAGCGUUCUUGGCCCUUGACCCAGGAGACCGACAGUACCUUUGGUACUGUGGAAACACCGGGCCAAGAAACGUGGCUUCCAAAACCAAUAGAAUGACCAUUUUCUUCUGGGGAUUUUGGCAAAACACGAACAAUUAUCAAGGGUUUAACUGCAACAUCAGAGUCUCAUCCUUUACGCCAUCACCAGUCGGGGGGAGCUGCCGGUGUGGCAUAAGGCAACCCAGAAACCGGAUAAUAGGAGGCACCGAGACUGGCAUCAAUGAAUUUCCGUGGAUGGCUUUAAUCAGGCCACCUAAAGGGCUUUGUGGCGGAACUCUUAUCAACGAAAACUUUGUUCUCACAGCGGCACAUUGCAUCGACAAGUCUGCUCUGCCAAACAACGAACUACCCACGGUAGUCUUGGGAGAACAUAGAAUAAGUACCCCAACUGAGACACAGUACACCAUCACGACACGGGCCAAAGCUGUCUGGCCCCACGAGUGGUACAACCAAAACCAGGGAAUAAGUGUCAAGGAUUACGACAUAGGACUUGUGGAGUUGGAGAAUCCUGUCAGCUUGACCAGUACUCCUUUCAUUGCCCCUGCCUGCGCGCCCGACCCCUUGAAGUCCUACGAUGAAAUACCUGUGACUGUGGCAGGGUGGGGCUACACAAGCUUCCCGACUGGCCAGCAAUCAGAUGUUCUGCAGAAAGUCGAACUGAAGACGGUGCCCAUUUCCAAGUGCAAGAAGUCCUACGCAUCGGGAAUCAUUACGAACCGCAUGAUCUGCGCAUUUGGUACCGGGAAAGAUGCGUGUUUUGAUGACAGCGGGUCUCCUCUUAUGGCGCAGGAGGGUGACAACUGGGUCGUCAUUGGGCUGGUGUCUUUCGGGCCCGAAACAUGUGCUCAUCCGACCACAAGUGGUGUCUAUACGAGGGUGGGAGACUAUAUUCCUUGGAUUCAAAGCAAGAUUGGAAACUCUCGCACGUGUCCGCCCUGAGCUCCAUUCUGCAAGAAAUGCUUCAGAAAAUGUGAAGCUCACGUUUGAGCCUGUUCAGCGUACUUUCAUCAUGAUUAUUAAAAAGAUAAUUCAAUAUUCUAUUUUUUUUAGAAAUACAUUUUCUGCAAAUUUUUAAUAGUUUUCAUAUAUUCUUUAACGUUAGCCUUUCUUUGACACAGUAUCAGAAAAGCAAAGGUGUCAAUAGGGCAUCUUGAGUCAGGUAAAUUACGCCAUUUAAAAAAUGGAUUGUUCUAGUAAAUUGGUUUUCAGUCCUUGUUCAUAUUUUGAGAUCUUUCUACUUAUAAAAGUAUAAUUUAUGAGACCAUUAUUUUAUUUUGCUGAUUUUAAUUAUGCUCAAAACGAAUUAGUUACGAUUUUCAUAGAAGUUAUAUGUGAGCUGUCUGAUUAAGAUAUUUCCAGACUGGCCUAGCGGACCAGGAUAACCUACUGUCUAAUUGUAGUAAUCCAGGUGUAUGCCAGAAUUAUCGGAAUCUGGAGGCAAACAUAUAUAUUAGCUACGGAGUGAGAGAGAGAAGCAUGGCAGACAGGCAGAAGGUGGAAAGAAAUUCUGACAUCCUAUUUCCUGUCAUCUCAAGCAGAACGGAGAGCGCAGUAUUUCAGUCAAAGGAGUUUAUUUUAGCUUUAGUGGGUAUUGUGGAGCUGUUCUAAAGAAGACUGUGGGUUACGACUGGCUGAAGUGAAAAUUGUUGUAUUGAGUCUUGUGAAUAAACUUUAUAUCCUA